CCACACUCUGUGUGCGCGCGCGCGUGCGCGAGCACCUCUGGCAACCAAGCCAAGCGAAGGCAAGUAAACUGUAUAAGGUUUCGUUAGGUGGUAAAGGAGAUCCAGCUGACCGCUUUAUAUCUGGUUUCCUGCUCUUUCCCUAUCGCUAUCUAUCUCGCGUUCCUUCAGUUUAGUACCAUGGUGUUUUAGUUUUUACAGGUGCAAACUUACAGCAAACAUGCUGCAAAUCGGUAGGCUAUUUGCGUGAAGUUUUAAACUUCGUACGUUACAGCAGAGUUGGCUCGCGCAGCAGCGGAGAGAGGCGGACGCCUCGCGGAGUCGUGUUACCUUGCGUCUUGCUUUUUAUUGGAGGAAUGGGGUUAGUGAAAUGCCAACUCUCUGGAAACAGAUCGUGUUCUCCUUCGCUUCUAUACUCAGCAUCGGUUCUGUGGUACUUCUGGUUGUGGCACUGUCCACCGAGCGCUGGGUCACCGGAACCACACUGUGUCAGACAGGAGUAGAUCUGGUGAACGCGUCUAGUCCAGAGCUCGAGCAGUUCACGGGACACAUUUACUACGGCCUCUUUCAGGGCGGGAAAACACGGAGAUGCGGGCUCGGCCUCCGCCGAUCAAAAAUAUACAUUUUCCCAAAGCUCAUCAAAAAAAUCAACAGUGGUCUUCACAUGAUCAUUAUCUUCUUUCUUUUCAUUGCUAUUGGCUUUGCAGUGGUCAGUUUAGCUUUCUGUAUAUAUAAUGCCAGAAAAGUUCCUUAUCAAUCUAUCAAAGGACCUUUUGGCCUCUACAUCUGGAAUUUCAUUGCAGCUCUGUUCAGUGCAAUGGGCUUUGCAUGUUUCCUUGCAGCAAUUCAGUGCCAUCGGCUCACGGAACAUGUGGCUAACUACCGUGAGAGCCUCUUUACCCUUGUGAUCCUUGAGGAGAAUCUUGGUUUCUCCUUCUGGUUGUGCGUUGCCAGCGCUGUGACACAUGGAGCUAACAUUCUUGUAGUAGCCGCCAGUAAAAUACAUCUGCCUAAAAUACAGACUAAGAAACAAGAGGAACCCUCAGCCACUGGAGAAGACUUCCUCUACUAAAGAACAAGAACGAGCUGAAAGGUUUGACUGCAGGGUCAGAGAGGAAACUGUGCAGAUGAGCCAAACAGAAUGUUCAUGUGACCCGAUAUCUACUGAACCUGAGGUGAUUUAUGACUAUGGACUAUGGGGUUGCAGCUUAUUUUUUGGCAAAUAAGUAAAAAAAAAAAAAAUCACUUGAAAAUGCUGUUUUCUUUUGGUGGAGGACAGCAAAAUGUUGUUUAACUGACAUGGACAACUGCAGGGCUUUCAGACUGAAAUGUGACAUUGUGUAUGUAUUUUACCCCACCAACAAGUUAAAUAUUAAUGUUAUCUCACUUUUUACUUUAGAGCUACUGAGAAAUAUGUUAUAAUGCAUUACCAUGUGAAGAUAUAACUCAUUUACGAGUCAAUAACACAUUUAAAACGUUCCCUUUUUGGCAAUGACAAACAAAACCCCCUAUAUCACAACAGGUCACCCACAGGUGAGAUCCCAACUUAAACACUGAAAACUUCAAUAGCAACGCUUCUGAUUUGAUACCUUUUUCUCUUAAUAAGCAAUUAUUCACCAACUUAUGUACACAGAUGAUUUUUUUUUCUAGGGACACUAAAAAAAACAACCUUGCUCCAUAUUUACUCCGUCAAAAUGAUUUUAGUUUGCUUUUAAAUGAUGCCAAUCUUUAGACAGACACUGUAUUAAACAAACAAUAAAUGGACAGUGCUUAUAAUAAAAAAAGAAAUAAUACA